AUGGAAUCGUGUUCUAAUUCGCAGGCGACAGAAGCGACAGAGGUGGUUGUGCUGGAGGAAGACGAGAUUGCUGCACGUACCACCGACGAUUUGGCGUCAUUCCUUGUCAAAUAUGCAACCGGCUAUCCAAAGGUGGCAAACUUCCUGUUCUGGCACUUGAAAGUUGAAGCAGAGGCGACUCGUAAAACUGAUGAAGCCCUAUCUUCGGUAUACGAACGGUUGCUAAACCGUCUCAUGCAAACCUUGCAACGUGGUACACCGGAGAUGAAACGGCAAGCAGAGAGUCUAAGGAUGCAGAGGCAAUUUGUCGAGGAUCUCAAAAUUUUGAUGCGUGAAGCCACGAUCAAGCAUAGUCGUCGUGAUCUACGGCAAGCAGCGCUGUGUACAUUACUGAACAAUGCUCGACAUAUGAAAGAACUGCGUGGACUCCAUUUACCACUUGAUCCGAGCGUAAGGCUAGCUGGUGUGAUGCCAGACUCGGCUGUGUUAUUCAACAGUGCCAUGAUGCCAGUAAAGCUGACUUUCAAAACGAUAACCGGUACAGACACCAAUAAGGAGUACACUCUGAUUUUCAAGCAAGGUGAUGACUUGAGGCAAGAUCAACUGGUCAUACAAAUGUUUCGUCUCAUGGAUAGUCUUUUCAAGAAGGAUCAACUCGACUUGAAAUUAACACCCUAUGCAGUACUGUCGACCGGGGUGAAUGAGGGAUUUGUGCAGUUUGUUAAAGCGAAACCACUCCGAGAAAUCAUCAACACUUAUAAGCGAUAUAAUACAGACAGCAUAAAGGAAGCAAUGAAGGAGGCGCGUCCAGAUGCACAUGGCCCACUGGGGAUCGAAGCAAAUGUAGUCGAUAAUUACGUUCGAUCAUUGGCUGGUUACUGUGUGAUGUGCUACGUUCUGGGCGUUGGUGAUCGACAUUUGGACAAUUUAUUGUUAUGUGAAAACGGCCGGAUUUUCCACGUUGACUUUGGAUUUAUACUUGGACGAGAUCCAAAGCCAUUACCACCACCAAUGAAGCUCACCAAUGAGAUGCUGCAAGCUAUGGGUGGCAUCAAGAGUGAGCAUUUCCGUCACUUCUGUAUGCACUGCGAUUCGGCAUACCGUAUACUUCGUCGCCACGCUAACGUCAUUCUAAACCUGUUCUCUCUGAUGUUGGAUGCUGGGAUCCACAAUAUCUCUGAAGAGCGCGACAAAGCUGUAUUUAAGGUAGGUUCAUAUUGUGACUUUCUAAGAUGA